AUGUCCUCCGGAAGCAGUCGCGACAAACGCCACCAUCACCCCGUCGACAGCCUUUGCCGGAAGCUCCAGAACAUCAACAUGAAGGACCAGGCCUCCAAUCCUGCACUGCAGAUCCCAAAAUUCCAGUCCAAGAACUUUGACAGCCCACAGGGCAACGUGAAGAAGAACUUGGAGGAGAUCUUGAAGAAAAGGACCCUGAAAGCGAGUGACAGCAAUGCCCAGGGCUACGACAACCUGCUGAGCCCCUUCAGCGAUAAUGUCUUCUCCCCGAGUCGGCAAGCGGCGUCACCGAGUCACCGGCGCCUCUCGGACAUCCGCUCAGAGUCCAUUUCGGCUGGAUGGAGACUGUCAGCAGAGAACAAAGAUGACGAAAGCGCUGAAGUAAGCCUGAUCUGUGAGGAAGACCUUUUGACUACUAUGUUCUCUGCUUGCGACAUAGAAAGGAGAGGCAAAGUGGCUGUUUCCAAAUUAGUUGACUUUGUGAGAUACACAACUAGCCGGAGUUCUGAGGACAGCAGUCUCGAGGAACUGUGCAACAUGCUUGAUCCUGAUCAAAGGGACAUCUCCAUGGACUUGGAAACGUAUCAUGCCAUCAUGAAGGAAUGGAUUGACGACUGCAGGAGAAGCUGCUGUAACCAGAAACCUCUUUUUUCAGCCAAAAGUCCUCUUGUGAGGCUGAAUGUAACUUCCGGAAGCCUAGAGGCACUUGGUGGCGAUGUGUCCAGAGGAGACUUGGAAACCUCUGACUUGAUCACUUGCGUAGCAGAUCUUCAGUUCAGCAAUCAGAAACUUCAAGAGGAGAACAACCAGUUGAAGACAGCUCUGGACGCCAUGGAGGAGACCAACAACAGAUUAGUGGAGGACAAUGUGGAGCUGAAUAAUCAGAUAAAAAGUUUCCAGCAGUCUGUGGCUCGAGUGAAAACCUUAAAAGAGGAGCUGGAGGAAGCAAAGAAUAACCUGAAUACUGCAGAGGAAAAAAGGCUGAGAACAGCAGCCCAGAAUAAGCAGCUAGAAAAGGAGAAUCAGUCCCUCAUUCUCAAGAUCUCAUCUCUACAAGAAGAGAAUAUUAGGCACGCUCUGGAUUCGGAUGGUCUCCGGAAGAAGAUCUCAGAGCUGUCAAGAAAUAUGGCUGAACUCCAAAUACAAGUACACCUGUAUGAAAAGACGGUGGAGAAUAAAGACGCCUCCAUCCUCAAGAAGGACCUGGAUAUUCAGGAGCUGAAGUCUACCCUCAAGGAAUACACCUCCGUAAUAGAGACCCUGCGGGUGGAGAAGAACAAACUGGUGAACAACAUCCAGCAAAUGCAGCAGGAGUUGAUUUCGAAUGGCUUCAACUUCCCCUUGAUAUACAAAUUCAACAGCAGCAUCCUUGAAGGGACCAACUCUUUGCACUGCGAACUGGAGCUUGCCCAAGACCAAGCGGAGGUCUCUGGAAUCGAAUGGACUGCACUGGAUGAAUCGCUGGACGCGGAGGUUUUGCUGCUCCUGCAAGGGCCGGAGAGAGUGGGAGAAAAAUUCAAGGCCACCAUUCAGAAACUGAAGCAAGAACUUUCUCGAGUGGAGGAAAUAGCCGUCCUGCAGGCAGAGGGCUUUGAGGCAAAUAUUCAAGAAGCCCAUAAGGAGAAGCUCAUGGAGCUCAAGCAAGAUCUGGUGAAGAAAAGAACUCUCUGGCUUCAGAGACUUGAUCUCUUGGAAGCUCAGAAGGACUCGUUGGACAAGGAGCUGAUAAAGAUGGCGGGAAACCUGAGGAGGAUGAGAACUGAACAGCUGCACUUGAAGAAAGCGCUUUCAUCCAGGCAGCAUGAACUGGAGCUGGCCAGACGGCUGAAAGAGGACACUGUGUCAGAAGGAGGCAUCUUGAGAUCAGCACUGCAAGAGCUAACCCAACAACUUGAGGAUGCCAGCAAGCGGGCUAAGGAUCAGGAGAACGACCUUCACGCUGCCAGCCUGGAAGCAAGGUCUUUGCAAAGGGAGCUGGAAGAGAGCAUCGCUGAGCAAACAAACCUCCGGAGUGUAAAUAUAAACUUAACACGCACUUGCCAGGUGCUGGAACUGAAAGCUAAAGACCAGAGCACUGCUCUUGACUCACUCAGGCAGAAGCAUUUUGAAGGACUGUUGUGUGGAGUUCUUUGUCAGCGCUGUGUCUGUGAUGAUGAGAGUCCUUCGUCCAGCCCAAAUGUAAACGAAGAGAUAAGAACAGGGCAGAAGAAAAACUGCUGCUACAAAGGAUUCGGGUACCAAGAGAAUCUGCUGUUUGACUUGUCCUGGUCACACGCUUUGAGGCGCCGGUGCUUGCAAUAUUCUUCACUACUAGAUGCGUUGACCCUUGACCCUCUCCAGCUGAUCCAGAGGAGCUCUGUGUCCAGGGCCUUUGAAAAUGCGAGAUUUCUGUCUACUUCUGGACAGAAACAUCUGAGAAAUGGCUCCAUCUUCGAUGUGAAUCUGGAGGGGCACAAGUGCGAUGCCCAGUCUGUUGGUAACCAGACCGAUGCAGAGCUUGCCUUAGCCAGAAGGAUGGAUGCAGAGUCUACCAAGGAGAGUGAUGCUGGACCAUUGACAGAUGCCUCAUCUAGCAGCGAACAAAGUCCACCCCAGGCGAUUUCUUCCUCCACUUCAGAAUGCACUAAUGGAACACAUGACUUGGACUCUACACUACUGCACGCCGUAGAGGAGCCAGUCUGUGAAGUUACUUUGCUGCCAGGUGAAGAAACUGCUGCAAAGGAAGGAGCUAACGGGGAGACUUUCAGCAAGAACACUGGUAUGGUACCUUUGGAUUAUUGGACUCCAUCCCUUCUGCUCCAGCAAGUCCCUUGGUUUCUGUGGUGGUCUGCUCUGAUUGCAUGUUUCGUUUUUGUUUUUAAUUAUUAUUUCUUCCAUCCACACAAUUCAGCAGGAGAUCCUUCUUCAUCUGAGGACCUGGCUAGCGUUGCUGUGUGUAAAACCAGGCAGAAUGACAAUGUGUCUCCCAAUGAGAAGGAAGUGGAGGGAGAAUUUCUUCGGCUGUCUCUGGGAUUCAAAUGUGACCUCUUCACUUUGGAGAAGAGAGUCAGGCUGGAAGAAAGGUCCCGGGAUUUAGCAGAGGGAAACCUGAGGAAGGAGAUUGCCAGCGCCUUGAAACUACUUGAUUCCCUGUCCUCUCUAAGUGAAGAUAACCAGGCACAGGAGAUCGUCAAAAAGCUUCAGAAGAGCUUGGAGCUGCUGAACCAGUACGCCACCAGGCUUGCCAGCAAGGCAGAAAUGCUGGGGGCCAUUCAUCAAGAGAGCCGGGCCAGUAAAGCUGUAGAAGUGAUGAUUCAGCACGUGGAGAACUUGAAGCGUACGUACGCCAGGGAGCACGUGGAGCUGGAGGAGCUGAAGCAGGUGCUGCUCCAGAACGAAAAGUCCUUCGGCUCUCUCGGGGACCGAGAUGAAUCUUCGAUUAAAAAGCUCUCUGGUUCCUUAAAGCCUUCAUCCCUACGCCGAGUUAGCAUUGCAACCUUGCCUAGGAAUACUGGAAAUGCUGUUUUGCCGCUGGCCCAGUUAAAUGAAACAGAUGGAAGUGACAAAAGUGACAAAUUCAACAGGCGCCCUAGUUGGGGCUUAAUGGGAGCAAAGCAAGGCGAGAAGCGCCCUUUGUUGCAGAGGUACGUAAGUUCGCCUUCCUGGGCUGAGUCGGAGGAAGAGCACACUGCACCCAAAAACACUCCCUUGGAACAGCCGGCUCCAGAGACGCGAGGAAGCAAAACUUGGAAGCUGAGCGAAAAGGAAAGCAGCUCAUCGAAAUGGGGGCUGCACUCACUGUAUAGCAGAUUCUUCUCUUGGGCCUCCUCUCUCCAGACUGCCAUCUGCAGGACCAGCAAGACUCUCUUCAUCUCCAUCUUUGCGGUGGUGCUCCUCGCUGUUCUUUCCACCUUCCUCCUGGGCUUCUCCUUCCAGAGGCCAGCAGAAGGAGCCCCUGUCGGGACAGGCGACAUUUGGACAUCCAUGCAGCAGCUACUGUGGCCAUAUACUCGCCUCCAGCACCAAGCUCCACCUCCCGUAUAAUUCACUGGUGGGAGUUCAAGAUGAGGUCCCUUUUGGACAUCAAGAUGGGGAGCCGUCCUGCCAUGUGGUUUUCAAUGGGCAGGUGCAAAGGGGUAGAAAAUAUUUCAAGCUCUCUGAACUUUCAACAUCAUCCAAGGUCCCCAUGCAGCUUCCAGAUGCAACAUCUCAAUUUUUCUGGAGGCCCUGCCCUUGCAAGUUAUUUCCUGGUAAUUCAGUUCAAAACGAAACACAGUUUGAUGCUUUCCGGCACCUUCUGAAUUUUUAAAAAUCUCUCUUCCCUCCCUCCCCCAA